AAUUUAUAUGUUAUUUAUAUCGUAACAGGUAGAUUGUCAUCCAAAAAAUAUAGAAAUUUACUGGGUUUAAUUUCGCCAGAAAACUUAUAGAAUAUGGCUCCCCAGCUGUAUGUGUUAUACGAACAUGCUGCUGGUUAUGCUUUAUUCUUCGUUAAAGAAGUUGAAGAUAUUGGAUCACUCUUACCUACAGUAGAGAAGGCUGUUCUAGACUUUACAUUGUUUGCAAGCACUGUAAAGUUGGUUUCAUUUCUUCCAUUUAAAUCUGGAACAAACGCCUUGGACAAUGUCAAUGCUGUUUCUGAAGGUAUCGUUCAUGAAGAUCUUAAAGUAUUUCUUUCAUCAAACAUACCAAAGUUGCAGAAAGGUGAAGUUCUUCUUGGAAUAAACGACACCAGGAUUUCUGGAACCAUUCAAGAAGAGACUGGAAUUCGUUGCACAACAAGCGACGCAGUGACAGAAAUUCUUCGUGGAUUGCGUUUGCAUUUCCCAAACAUGGUCAAAGGCUUGACCAUGCAAGGGGAAGCUAAGGCACAGCUGGGUUUGGGACACAGCUACUCUCGAGCUAAAGUUAAGUUCAACGUGAAUAGGUCAGACAACAUGAUCAUACAGAGCAUUGCAUUGUUGGACCAACUGGAUAAAGAUAUCAACACAUUCUCUAUGAGGGUGAAGGAGUGGUAUUCUUAUCACUUCCCAGAGUUGGUGAAAAUAUCGAGUGACAACUUCAUGUAUUGUCGUCUUGUUAAGGCAAUUGGUAAUCGUAAAGCUAUGGCGGAAAAUAUUGAAGAACAACUGGAAGAAAUUACCAUGGAUUCAGCGAAAGCACAGGGUAUUAUUUCAGCCUCAAAGAUGUCAAUGGGAAUGGAUGUUUCUCCAAUUGAUUUAAUUAACAUAGAAUCAUUUUGUAGCAGAGUCAUAUCUUUGACCAACUACAAAAAAGGCCUAGUUGAAUAUCUGCACAAAAGAAUGCAGUCUGUUGCACCGAAUCUUUCAACGCUGAUUGGUGAUGUGGUUGGGGCAAGACUGAUUUCACAUGCUGGAAGUCUGACAAAUUUGGCCAAAUAUCCAGCUUCUACUGUUCAAAUAUUGGGUGCAGAAAAAGCCCUAUUUAGGGCAUUGAAACAGAAAGGCAACACACCAAAGUAUGGUUUGAUCUUCCAUUCAACUUUUAUUGGCAGAGCUGGCGCAAAGAACAAAGGAAGAAUAUCUCGCUAUCUGGCUAACAAAUGCUCCAUUGCUUCACGUAUCGACUGCUUCACAGAACAUCCAAACUCAGUAUUUGGAGAGAAACUGAAGGAUCAAGUUGAAGAGCGACUCAAGUUCUAUGAAAGUGGAGAAGCACCACGGAAGAACUGCGAAGUGAUGAAAGAAGCAGUGAUCGAGUCAGAGGCUUUGAUUAAAGCAGAAGUUGAGGCUGUGGCGGAGGAAGCUAAGAAAACAAAGAGCAAAAAGAAGAAGAGAAAAUCGGAACCAGUUGAUCUGACAGAAGAGCCAGAAGCAAAGAAGGUUCUUACUGAAAAUAAUCAGAAAAGUGCAAAAAAGAAGAAGGCAAAGAAGCAACCAGUCGAUGAUGAGGAUGUAAAGGAAGUUGAACCGGAACAGAUGGAAGUAGAUACGCCUAAAAAGAAGAAAAAGAAAAAGCAGAAAGAAGAGGAAGCUGCCACCGAAGAGGAAAAUGAACCAAAAUCAGCCAAGAAGAAAAAGAAAAAGACGAAAGAAAUUGAUGCAGUGGAAAAUACAGAAGUUGAGUUGGUUUUGAAAAAGAAAAAGAAGAAAAAAGUAGUGGGAUAAUUGGAAAAGGUGGAUAAGAUUUUAAAAGAAAAUUUUUAUCAUGAAACAAAUAAAAACACAAAUUUUCCGUUUUGUACUUUGAUAUCAAUUUUAAAUCACUGCCUAAGUUAAAGAUUGUGUUGAACUUUGAUGGUAACGGGGUUGUAAUACAUACUGUAAAUAAAUGAGUGUUUUUUACACGUAACAG